AAUGAAGACAAAAAAGAGACGCCAUGACGUGAUUAAACUGGCCAAGCAACUUACUGGACUGCACACUGCGUUGCUGUGGCAAAACAGACAAGGAGGAGGAUCUGUACAGACUGGUAGAGCAAUCCACAUAGAUGAAAUGUCAUUUACCGGUUAGGCGUCAGCAAGCCAGCGAUAUGAAUUCUUACUCUUUUGCAAGCGAGUUGACUUGUUCAAUUUGUCUGGACAUUUUUACCGAUCCGGUCACUCUUCUCUGCGGCCACUCUUUCUGCAGAACAUGUCUCACGGGUUUUUUGGACAACGAAGAGGAGCACUUGUGUCCGCAAUGUCGGACGUCUGUCCCAUCUGUGGAGGAGGUGACAGGCUUGUGUACCAACUUCGUCUUGCUCAGCCUUGCUGAAAAGGCAAAACGAAAAUGCAAUAUCACCAAAGGGCAUAUUGCAGCAAAAGAUGAGGUUGCUGAAAUGUGCCCGAAGCAUGAUGAGAAGCUGAAACUGUACUGUGUGACCGACGGGCAGCUGAUUUGCGUCAUAUGUCGAGAUGGAGAAUGGCAUAAAGGACACACAUUCAAACCCAUCGAAGAAGCAGCGGCGUUGCUGAAGAACGACCUGGUGAAGGGAUUGGACAGGAUUUCUGGACCCAUCAAAACUUUGGAGAGCGCGUUCCACACUCGGGAAGAGAAACUAGUUGCAAUUAAAACCAGGUCUUGUCAACUGCUGAGCCAAAUCAGUGCACAGUUUGAGGAGAUGCACCAGUUUUUGAGGAAGAGAGAAAAUGAGCUGAGCAAAGAAGUGAAACGACAACAGAACACUGUCGUCAAGGAGCUGAACACUAUCAACGCAGCGCUGUACCAGAGUGAAACGUUGCAGGCUAAGGUGGGUUCAGUUCUGGACAUUGCCGACCAUAGUAAAUUUUUAAAGGGCUGGGCCGAAGUUAACGUCAUGCUUCAAAAUGCAUACCAACUGAGCGCAAAGGAUUUCUCUGUGGAGCAAACCUCUCUAUCCCUGGGACCUUAUGAGAGUCACCUGAAGUUCUUUAUUUGGAAAGAGAUGCUUCAAGUGAUCAAGCCUCGAGAAGAACAAUUCACCCUCAAAGGGGAGGAGUGGGUCCAGUCCAAUCUGUCUGUUGACAGACGCAGUCUGCUCCAUAGUUCCCCCAUUGAAACUCAAUAUCCUGUUGUCCCAAAAAGCCACAUUCAAUAUCCAGCUAUCCGAAAAGGCAUCUUAGGUGAUCGUUCUUAUAGGGUUACGCGUCAAAAGACUAUUAAACCCGUGGCCAGUUUUGCCUCCACAGUCUUCCCUACUUCUUCGUAUCAUGGAUUUGCCACAAGUGUGAACAAAUUCACUUCAGGGCAGCAUUACUGGGAAAUAGAGGUUGGCCAUACUGGUGAAACUUCCUUUUGGGAAGUGGGGAUACAAGAUCACUUUAUCAAACAUCAUGGUGGGAGGUUUUCCAUCAACUGUCCAGAGGGAGUAACUCCACUAACUCUCCAAUUCAAACCAAAAAGGAUUGGGAUCUAUCUCGACAUCUCAUCCCAGAAGCUCUCUUUCUACAAUGCAGUCAACAUGACACGCAUUGGCACAGUCAGCACGAAAAAGUCUCAAGCAACCUCAGUGUCAGCAGUCCAGAAAAUAAGUUACGACCAACCAAAUAUCAUCCCUUUUACUGUGUGCUGGUAUUGAAGCAUGCCUGGGUAAAAACAACACCAGGAAACAGAAGAAUU